ACUGUGAGAAGAAAAGCGAACCGCCAUGGAUCAGCAGCAGCAGCAGAGAGUAGGAGCUCCUCAGUUUCGUCCUCCGCCUCCGGGCCAAGGCGGUGGCGGCGGCGGUGAAUCCUCCUCCAUUCUCUUCGUCCUCGUCGGUUUCCUCGCCAUCUUCUCUAUGCUAGUGCUGCCAUCCGUAUCAACCAUUAGCAAUAGCUUUUCAAUUUUGCACCAAGUCCCGGAAGGUCAUGUUGGGGUUUAUUGGAGGGGAGGUGCUCUUUUGAAGACUAUUACAGAUCCAGGGUUUCAUCUCAAGUUGCCUCUGAUAACCCAGUAUGAACCUGUUCAAGUCACCCUUCAGACCGAUCAAGUGAAGGACAUUCCUUGUGGUACAAAAGGGGGUGUCAUGAUCAACUUUGAGAAGAUUGAGGUUGUAAACAGGCUGCGUAAGGAAUAUGUGUAUGAGACACUUCUCAAUUAUGGUGUACACUAUGACAAUACAUGGAUCUACGACAAAAUUCAUCAUGAGAUCAAUCAGUUCUGCAGCUCGAAUUCUCUUCAAGAUGUCUAUAUUGAUGUGUUUGAUCAGAUUGAUGAGAAGAUGAAAGACGCUCUUCAGGUUGACUGUACCAAAUAUGCCCCAGGUAUCGAAAUCAUCAACGUGCGUGUCACAAAGCCGAAGAUCCCUGAUAGUAUCAGACGAAACUUUGAGCAGAUGGAGGAAGAGCGGACCAAGGUCUUAAUUGCUAUAGAGCGACAGAGAGUGGUGGAGAAAGAAGCAGAAACCCGGAAGAAGAUGGCUAUCAGUGAGGCUGAGAAGAAUGCUAAUGUCAGUAAGAUUCUCAUGGAACAGAAGUUGAUGGAGAAAGAUAGUUCCAGGAGGCAGGAAGAAAUCGAAAAUGCCAUGUAUCUAGCUCGGGAGAAGAGUCUUGCAGAUGCUGAUUUCUACAAAGUUAUGAGAGAAGCUGAAGCAAACAAGUUGAAGCUCACUCCACAGUUCCUUGAGCUUAAGUUUAUCGAGGCCAUUGCUGAUAAUACAAAAAUCUUCUUUGGGGACAAGGUUCCCAAUAUGGUUCUAGAUCAGAGGUUGCUGGGGAACUUCUUGAAGGUUUCCAGAGAGGUGGCCAAAGAUGUAUCCAAAAAAACGAUCGAGGAAGCUAAUGCAGACAAUGGAGAAAGUGGUAACCCUGAAGUUGAAUAUGCCUAGAGAACACACUGGGUAAUGCUUUAGUUUCUGUAGGUAUAACAUACUGAGAACACAGUAGGAAGAAAAGGAUAUCCUUGGGCCAAUAUUCUGUUAAAAUCAUUGAGCCUAAGAUUCCAGGUUAUUAAAAACUUGCUACCUUAAAACAGGCUUUUUCUAGUCUAGCUGAGAGCUACCCACAGUUUUUUUGCUCUUGGGUUUGUGUUAAAACUUAGCAGGGUGCUUUCAUAGUUCCUUUCAUUAUGAACCUUGCUUACUUGGACUUCUUCUAUAUGUCUUCGACACAUGUUUGCU